ACACAGCCACGUAACUGCACGAUAAUACUGCGAUAUUUAUAAAUUAUAUUCAUACUCUAAGGCUUGGCUGUUUGAUUCUUCUAUUCAGCUCGCUAAAACUGACAAUCAACGACGAUGCUCGGCCAGGGAUGAGGAGGAGCACGGAGGAAGUGGCUAGGAGUCUUGAGCGUCGUAGCUAAAAGACGAAAAAGAGGGGAAGAGGGUGAAGGAGACAUGGAUUAGCCGUUUACCCGCGUCCUCGGAUGGGGAAGAAAAAAAAAGACAUUUAAUUGGACAGCGAGCGAUGCUGCUAGCGUGCUAGCCCGUCGUUCAGUUUUCCGCUGAUACGCUCGCUUGGUUCGACAAACUAGUUAUUUGAUGGCUAUCGUCAUUUGUAGAACAAUUUGACCCCGCCACGCACUACGAUGUUAAUGUGAAAUGGUGGCGGAUGACGUUAGGUGGUUCUCCCUUCGAACCGCUCGUAUGAGUGUUAUAAACGGUGACCGCGACACGACUGCGCCUCGAUGUUGAGCAUCUCACGGGCGUUUUAUCGGUGGGCCGAAUGAACUUGCAAAGGAUACGUGGAAGCUUGGCAAGCUGAUCGAGUGGGUGUUCGUGCUCACUGGCUUCAUUGUAUCUCGCUUCAUGUAAAUUACGUGGUGCGCCUACUUUUUUUUUCUGCGCUGGACGAGAAGAAGACGAAGGGGGGAAAAAAUGCGAAUUUCGUCCUUGCUGGCCGUGUUCCGGCCUGCUCUACCGCUGAUCCUGGGGCUGUCUCUGGGCUGCAGCCUGAGCCUGCUUAUGGUGUCGUGGACUGGAGGGGACGCGGACGAUGCUUGCGGGGGCGAGCUGGCCAACGCUGGGAGGCUUCACCUGGCCAGGGGGGACGCUCAGAGCGACGCCAAGGACGAUGCGAGAGGAGGCGAGGGCGGCGAUGAUGACUUCCAGCCGCGCAUCGUCCCCUAUCACAAGGACCCGAACCAGCAACAGCACAAGAAAGUCCUGAGAACUCGCUACAUCCACACCGAGCUGGGCAUCCGCGAGCGCCUCCUGGUGGGCGUGCUAACGUCGCGCGCCACCCUCAACACGCUGGCGGUGGCGGUGAACCGGACCGUGGCACACCACUUCCCGCGCACCUUCUUCUUCACGGGCCUGCGCAGCGCUAAGGCGCCGCACGGCAUGGCGGUGGUGGCUCACGGCGACGACCGGCCCGUUUGGCUCAUGUAUGAGACAGUGCGCCACCUGCACCGGCAGCACGGCGCCGACUACGACUGGUUCUUGCUGGCCCAGGACGACACGUACAUGCAGGCGGAGCGGCUGAGCGGGCUGGUGGGCCACCUGAGCGCCGGCCAAGACCUCUACAUGGGCCGUGCCGAAGAGUUCAUCGGUGGCGAGGAGAAGGCGCGCUACUGCCACGGUGGCUACGGCUACCUGCUGUCGCGCAGCCUGCUGGCGCGCCUGCAGCCGCACCUGGACGCCUGCCGCAACGACAUUCUCAGCGUCAGGCCCGACGAGUGGCUCGGCCGCUGCAUCAUCGACUACCUGGGACUCAGCUGCGUCGAGAUCCACCAGGAGAUGACGUACCGCUACUUCGAGCUGGGCAAGAACGCCGACCCAGAGCGCGAGGACAGCCCUGCGUUCAAGCAUGCCUUCACCGUGCAUCCCGUGUCAGAGCCCAACCUCAUGUACCGACUGCACAAGCGCUUCAGCCAGAUCGAGUUGGACUGGACCUACGCGCAGAUCCAGGAGCUGCAGACGCAGAUCGGUAACCUGAGCGAGCUGACGCCGGAAGGCGCGGCGGGCGCCACGUGGCCGGUGGGCAUCAACGCUCCGUUCAAGCCCCGCACGCGCUUCGAGGUGCUCAACUGGGACUACUUCACCGAGGAGCACAUCCACGCGUGCACCGACGGCUCGCCCAAAUGCGAGCUGCGCGGCGCUGACCGCGCCGACGUGGCCGGCGUGCUGGAGGCGGCGCUGGAGCGUCUCAACGCGCGCUACCAGCCGCGGCUGCGCUUCCUCAAGCGGCGCCUGCUCAACGGCUACCGCCGUUUCGACCCCACGCGCGGCAUGGAGUACGUGCUGGACCUGGCGCUGGAAGCGUACACGCAGAAGGGCCGCAGCCGGGUCAUCGCCAAGCGGGUGCAGCUGCUGCGCCCGCUCAGCGCCGUGGAGAUCAUCCCCAUGCCUUACGUGACGGAGGCCACGCGGGUGCAGCUCAUCCUCCCCGUCACGGCGCAGGAGCGCCAGCAGGUGGCCGCCUUUCUGGACACGUACGCCGCCAAUGCGCUGGACACACGCGACAAUGCCCUCCUCACCGUCCUCUUCGUCUACGACCCCUUCGAGGCGCAGCGCGUCAGCCGCGAGGAUGUGUUCGCCGGCGCCAAGGCGGCCAUCGGCGAGGCCGAGAAGCGCUACCGCGACAUCAAGAUCCCGUGGAUCAGCGUCAAGACCGAGGUGCCGUCGCAGGUCAAGCUGAUGGACGUCAUCUCCAAGAAGCACCCGGUGGACACGCUCUUCUUCCUGGCCAGCGUGUGGACCGAGGUCAACGGCGACUUCCUCAACCGCUGCCGCAUGAACGCCAUCAGCAGCUGGCAGGUCUUCUUCCCGGUGCACUUUCAGGAGUUCAGCCCGGCCGUGGUGCCGCGGCCCUCCACCUCGGCCGCCGACCCGCUCCGGGACGGCCACUUUGACCGGCGCGUGUUCGACGAGGCCUGCUUCUACAACGCCGACUACAUGAGCACCCGGGCCAAGAUGGCGGCCGAGGCGUUGGACAACGAGGAACUGCUGGAGAGCAUGGAUGUGUACGACGUCUUUGUGCGCUACUCCGGCCUGCACGUCUUCCGCGCGGUGGAGCCGGCGCUAGUGCAGAAGUACGCGACGCGCCAGUGCAACCCGCGCUUUAGCGAGGACAUUUACCACAGGUGCGUGCUGAGCAACCUGGAGGGACUGGGCUCCCGCGCGCAGCUCGCCGCCGCGCUCUUCCAGCACGACCAGGCCAACAGCACUUAGGCCGCCGCCGACGCCACAUUUACGCUCUUUUAACUUUUAAAACAAUUCCAGGUUCAAAGUUAUUCUUAAUUUAAACUAAAGCAGUUUUAUUCCAUGUCACAAUUUUGUCAAAAGAAAAUGAAUGAAUAGCAUUUCCAUUUGUGUGUGUUUGGUGUCCUUGAACUACUGGAGUAAAGUAAGGCGUCAAGUUGCACCCUUUUCAAAAUAAGUACAUUGAAAUGUUUCGAAACUCCUGAACUCAGGUUCACGUUUGAUGAUGGUGUUACAUUGGAGCAUAAAAAGUAGCUGGUCCUCCCUCCACAGGAUGGCGCCCAGUUGCCCAGCAUAAAACAUAGCUGAAUGGCUCACUUGAUUACAAGCUGUGAAAGGGGACUUUUUUUGGGAGCGGGGGGCCACUGGGUGCCUUGAAAGUCGUGCCACAAUGCAAUGCCUGUGCCCGUGACGCUCGCUGGAACGCCACCCGGUUUCCUGCUUGCCUUUCGAGGAGAUGGAACACGUCACGACAACGUCCCAGCGCAUACUUUUCUUUUUUUUUCUAUCUCGUGGCAACUUGCAAGGAUGAUUCCUCCACACUGACUCAUGUCGCAAUAAGCGUUACACAAGUGCACAUCUAUGAUCAAGUCAGCUAAUUGAUCCUACCCAACCACCAAUUGUGACAACCGAUUGUAAUCCAGAACAGGGUGUUAAGCUGGAAAAAAAAAAACUUAUUGAAAAAACACCCAAAAAAAGAGAACAAACAUAAGCAAGGGGGCGUAGCCCAAAAAUUUUCACUGGGGUGGCCAGGGUGAUAUAACAUCUCACUGGCCACACAGUAGGUGCUCAGUGACCCCUGCGAAUGCUCAUAACCUCCUCUCUAACUGAGAAGCCAUUGUUUCUCAUAGCAUCCACAGUCAAGCUUUCAUGAAAUCAAAAACACACACAUGUCCAGAACUUUGCUCAACGAAUACAAUAUAGUACUCAUCAUCCAAGUAGGAUCAAGUUUUGAACAAACUCGUUUUGAAAUCAGAGGCUAGUAAAAGCAGCUUGUUCAAAUAUUAUGACAUUUAUUUUAAAAGGGUGUUUGGUAACAAAAAAAAAAUGCUCAAAU